GUUAAUGGCGGCCGCGUUGAGGAGACUGUUACACGGUGCGGAAGUGGAACGAGUCCGGCCGGAGCCCGAGCCUCCUCCGCUGCCGCCAUGGGGCAUGGAGGCCCGCAGGUGCCCUGUACAUGGCGGCGGAGGCAGCAGGGGGGAGAGGACCGCCCGUGGCGACAAUGGCGGUUUCCAGGAGCAGCCCUCUUAUGCUGGAUAUGGCUCCCACUACUGGAACUCUCAGCCUAGGGCUUCUUACCCAAGUCCAUAUCCUCCUGGACCUGAGCUCCAAGGCCAGGGGAUCGAUAAUUCCUAUACAAAUGGCGUUUAUGGCACUCAGUACUCCACUCCUGGGACAGGACCACCUCCAUAUCCCAGUCUCCCACAAUCAAAUGCCUACUAUUCUACAGGGCAUCCUCAUGCCCCUUAUUCUGCAGAGUCUCCUGGAACGUACCAGCCUCAGUCACCAGCUUCCAACUGGAAUUACCCCCCACCUGACUGCCCAGCUGAAGGUUCUAUGGUGAGGAGGCAAGUACCAGGAUAUGCCCAGCCUCCGACGCCUGGCUUUCCUGUCGCGCCCUAUCCAUAUGGUGACUGCAAUCAUGGUAUUCCUCAGCAGGGGCCGCCACCACCGCCCCAGCCAAGGCUUCAGGAUACAACAUGGAGACCUCCUGGCACUUAUGGGAUGCAGCCUCCUUAUGGUUGGUCUCCUGCAUCAGCGGGACAUGGGAAUCGAUAUGUUGCUGAAUCUUCUGCACCUUGGCCUACCAAUGGAGCAUCUGCUCCACAUCCUCCAAUUAACAAUGCAAAGGACUCCUCUUACAACCAGUUGGAGCAAGGAACUAACCAGCACAGCUAUUUUCCUGAAGCCACUCACCUGCCUCCUGGGACCAUGAAUGAUCACAAGCUGGCACAGCUUGACUCUAAGCCAUCUGCUUCCAACACCAAAGUGCAGUACAGCGCGCAGCCCCAGCUGUAUAAUAACACACAGAAGAGGCCACUUGCGACAGCUGACCAUGGAUCGGGCUUCAAAAGCAACGGGCAGCUUCCACCGGAACCACCUGAUGUGCCGCCAGGCGUUCAGAAGGUUAUGGAGGCUAUGGAGGGGGUUGAGCUGCUAGAGGAAGAGGUAGACGAAUUUGUGGGGAAAAAAACAGACAAAGGCUACCGGCUACUGGAGGAAAUGCUGACCAAGAAGCUGUUGGAGCUGGACUCUAUAGAGACAGGAGGUCAGGAGACUGUACGCCAGGCAAGGAAAGAGGCUGUUCACAGAAUCCAGGCCGUACUGGAAGAACUGGAAAGAAAGGGACUUUAAGUUGGGGAUAGCAACAUUCC